CCGCCUGGUUUCCGUUCGCCUCAGGGCGAGUUGCAGACGUGGUCGGGAUGGGGGAGAGGUGACGGCGGGGUGCCGGGGAAGCCAUGGAGCGGCUUCUGUGCUUCAUCUGGGUCGCGCUCUGGAGCGGCAGUUGCGCUUGGAUGCGCGGGGCGCAAGGCAAGACCGUCCAUGGCGGCUUCUCCAGCGCCGCGGCCCGCGCCCGGGCCGGCCAGGUGGUGGCUCGGUUCCAAUUCCGAGGUGAUUGUGCUCUUCUGUAUGUCAGAAUCAACAACGUGGCAACUGCUGUUGGAAAAGAAGCAAAGCUUCAUCUCUUUCAAGCUCAGGAAUGGCUAAAGCUUCAAGAAAGCCAGCAGGAUUACAGCUGUAAAGAAAAACUGGCUAAAGCUCAGCUGAUAAUGAACAUGAACUGCACUGAACAAAAUAUAACAGUAUCCCAGGUCCCUUAUCCAGACACGUGGUAUGUAUUUUAUGUCGACAAGUUUACCUGUGCGGAGACAUAUGAAGACUCUGAAUCUGAGGAUGUUCAAUUUGAAAUGGUGCUACUAAAUCCAGAUGCAGAACGGAAUCCAUUAGAUCACUUUAGUGCAGGGGAAUCAGGCUUACAUGAGUUCUUCUUCCUACUUGUCCUGGGUUAUUUUGUUGCUGCCUGCAUUUACGCUCAGUCCUUGUGGCAAACAAUUAAGAAAGGGGGACCUAUGCACACGGUGCUCAAAGUGCUCUCUGUAGUUUUGCUCCUGCAAGCAGCUUCAGCUCUUGCAAACUAUCUGCAUUUUUCAAGUUAUUCAAAAAAUGGAGUAGGAUUGCCUUUUAUGGGGAGCCUUGCAGAAUUGUGUGACAUAAUCUCUCAGGUGCAGAUGUUGUACCUGCUACUGAGUCUUUGCAUGGGAUGGGCAAUUGGUAGAAUGAAGAAAUCUCAGAGCAAACCUCUCCAAUGGGAUUCCAGUCCAGCAUCCACCGCCAUUGCCAUAACUGCUGUUGUGACACAGACCAUUCUUCUUAUUUGGGAGCAGCUUGAGGAUACCAAUCACCAUAGUUACCAUUCACACCAAAGUUUAGCCGGUGCACUUCUCCUUGGCUUAAGAAUUUGUCUAGCUGUAUUGUUAGGAUGCGGACUUUACCAGAUUAUCCGAAUUGAGAGGAGUACUCUAAAAAGAGAAUUCUAUAUUACUUUCACAAAGGGAUGUAUUCUGUGGUUUUUAUGCCAUCCAACUCUUGUGACUAUAUCUCUAAUGUUUAGAGAUUAUCAGCGAGAAAAGAUUAUUACCAUGGGUGUCAUUCUCUGCCAGCUGUUUUCCAUGGUCCUUCUGUACCGGCUCUUUGUUUCCCAUAGUCUUUACUGGGAAGUGUCCUCUCUCUCUUCAGUGACAUUGCCUCUAACAGUAGCAUCUGGACAUAAAAGUCGGCAUCACUUCUGAAAUUCCCUUUGGAGAUUUCUUGGCAACGGUGCAAUAAAGAUUUGGAAACGGAGCAGCUAUUUUCAGCAGUAACUCAGCUCAAGAAUAGCUAAAUAAUUAGAAGACAGCAUUUUGCUCUCGCUGGAUCACAACAAAUGCAGGAAUGAUUGGAAUUUAUCAAAAAUAGUGAUAAAACACACUUCUUUUUUUCUUUUUUUUUCUUUUUCUUUUUUUGCUAUUUGGAUGAACAUGUGAUUUUAGCCACGUUUUCACUCCAAAUCUGCCUCAUUUGCAUUAAAGUUCAAAUUUCGAUAAUGAUAAAUUUAAACUAAUUGGACGGAAGAGUUUGGCAGUUCAGAUAAUACAUAAUAAUAAUACAUAUCUUGUUUAAGGUGGCUUUAAGACAAAAAACUUAUGCCGAAGUUUAAUGGGACUUAAACUGUAAUAGGUCCAUAAAAAUGGUGUAUAAUGUUUACAGUGAACAAUAGUUCUCAUUAUUACUUUCUUGCCUUGAGGCUUGGAUGUAGUUCAGUUUUUAGCUUGAUUGCCAGUUGUGUUUUAAUUCUGUGUUUGACAUUUUACAAGAGCAGAAGGGUGAUUAACUAACUCUUUAAGUUUAAAAAAAAAAAACACAGCCACAUGGUUGUACAAGGAGCAGGUUUAUGCCUCCUAAACUGAGGAGAGAGAAAAAAUCAAAAUGUGUUGAUGCAGUACUACAGUUUUAAUCCUGAGAGAAUUCGAUGAGGAUUCAGUCAUAAUUAAGCCAUAGCUGCAGAUUAAAUUAAUAGAAGCAUUUCAAAUGUUAGUUUCAGUCAUCAACUACCCAUGAAUUCCUGCCCAAGGAUAUUUAAUCAGGAUUAAAUUUUCUCUGAAUAAUUGAAAAACAAAAUACUCAUUGGAUUUGCUGUAAUUCAAGUUGGCGUUUGUGUUCUGAGCAGUUGCCAUUUUUGCAGCCAUUGUAACAGAGCAACACUUAUCAGUGGUACAUUUAGGCUGUUGCAGUAAAUGCAGACUUUAAUUGAAGUGCCUAUUUAUUGCUCCAAAUUAAAAUCCUAUGAACAGUA